AUGGGAGCCCCGCUGCUCCCAUGGCUGCUGCUGCUGCUGCUGCUGCUGUCCCACUCUGCCCGCACAGCCAUCCUGGAGGUGAACGGGAACCUGAGCUGUAGGUGUGCCAAGACAACCUCGGAAUACAUCAGUCCCAAGAAAUACGAGAGCAUUGAGAUAAGGCCUGUGGGCAGCAGCUGCAGGCGCACGGAGAUCAUAAUUAAAUUAAGAACCUCAGGGAAGGUGUGUGUGAAUCCUGAAGCCCCCUGGGUAAAGAAGCUGCUGAAGCGCAUUGCCAGCACGAAGAAAAAAUAAGUUUCCUGCUAAGGAAGUUGGUGCCCAGAGCCCCGAGGCGGGCUGGCGGAUGAUGCCCAGGUGUGCAGACCUGGCUGCUCCUCGCUUGGCCCUCGCUUCUUCCCUUCCUGAAAGCCCCACGUCUGGCUCUGGUGACAGGGGCUGUGGGGAGGGUGGAUCACUGCUGGCCCCAGCCCUAUGGCAGGUUCUUGGGGGGGUUCUCCCUUGCUUUGGUCCCUGGAUCAGUGUGAAUAUGAAUCCCUCAUUUAUUUAGUUGCCUGUGGACUGCAAAGCUGUUCCCUGUCAGGGGCUGCUCCUGCUUCUUUAGGAAUGCCUUUGUGACUUUUUCCAUGUGAAGUGCUCGGCAACAGAGUGUGUAUCUAAGGGUUGUGUGGCACAGUAUGGCAUGUCCUGUUCAGGAAACUGGAGUCAAAUAAAAUUCAGGGUUUUUC